ACCAGUGAUGACAAUGAUCCCUGAGCCGCAGCGUCGAUCAGUCGCUCCACCUCACACGUUACCACGCCGAGCCGUCACAUUUGCGCGUGGAACAUCACUCAUCCGCCCGCCACAAGUGUCUUCAUGAAUACGCGCUCAGCAGCGGCAACCUUGAAAUCCCGCUGAAGCGCCCGUCGUGCGUAAAAGCCUGGCACCGUCUCCGGCGCGCGCGGGAGAGGAACGCGACCCGCAGCCCAGCGUGACGGACGCUUGCGAUCGUUUCUGAGACGGACCAAAUCGGAGGAGGGUGACAUAACGUCGGGACGCUGCCACAGACCGGAGCGCCGUUUUCGUCCGAGGAAUUUAUCUGGCUUUCAACUUUCCCUCGUAACUGGAGGAGUUUAUGAACAGCUGUCAAAAUAAGAUAUGAAUAACAUGUUGAUGAGGAGUUGAGAAGGUGAGGGCUGAAGUCCAUUUGCUUGUGGAAGGGUAGGCGACUUGUGUUGUGUGUUGGACUCAUGGAGAACGUGUCCUUCACCGGCGGUGUCCUGCCGCCCUGCAACGACUCAGUGGACUACUCCGCCCUGGAGCUCGGCAACCGCACCGACCUGAAGUGCACGCCGCCGGGCUACCAGUUCUACGCUGACCUCUACGUCAUCCUGCCCAUCAUCUACUCCGUGAUCUGCGCCGUGGGACUCACGGGGAACACGGCCGUCAUCUACGUCAUCCUCAAAGCCUCCAAGAUGAAGACCGUCACCAACAUGUUCAUCCUCAACUUGGCCAUCGCCGACGACCUCUUCACCUUGGUGCUGCCCAUCAGCAUCGCAGAGCACCUGCUGCACUACUGGCCGUUCGGCGAGGUGCUGUGCAAAGUCAUUCUGAGCAUUGACCACUACAACAUCUUCUCCAGCAUCUACUUCCUGACGGUGAUGAGCAUCGACCGUUACUUGGUGGUCCUGUCGACGGUCAGCUCCAAACGGAUGCCCUACCGCACCUACAGAGCCGCCAAGAUCAUCUCCCUGUGCGUGUGGGUCCUGGUCAUCCUCAUCGUGAUGCCCUUCACCGUGUUCGCCGGCGUCUUCGUGGAUCCCAACGACGGCAGGAAAAGCUGCGUGCUCAGCUUCCCAGCCCCAGAGAGUCUCUGGUUCAAAGCCAGUCGCAUCUACACGCUCAUCCUGGGCUUCGCCAUCCCCGUCUCCACCAUCUGCAUCUUGUACACCAUGAUGCUGUACAAGCUCAGAAACAUGCGACUCAACAGCAACGCCAAAGCCCUGGACAAGGCCAAGAAGAAGGUCACCAUCAUGGUCUUCAUCGUCUUGGCCGUCUGCCUGUUCUGCUGGACCCCGUUCCACCUCAGCACCAUCGUGGCUCUCACCACCGACCUGAGGACAACACCGCUGCUCAUCGGGAUCUCCUACUUCAUCACCAGCCUGAGCUACGCCAACUCCUGCCUCAACCCCUUCCUCUACGCCUUCCUGGACGACAGCUUCCAGAAGGCCUACAAGCGCAUCUUAGAAUGCAGGAGGGCAUGAGUGCAAAAAAUAAAAAUCUUUUUCUGAGAGCUACAAUAGAAGCCAAAUGCCUUGUUUUCACCAGCGUUUGUCGAACACUUGGACUCUGUGUGAACUGGAAGGCUCUGGAGGACGUAACCAGAUUGGAGACAGUGACUCAGAGCGGCUGCUUCCUGUGUUGGAAGCUAAUAACGCGCAUCCGACACGUGUGCAUGACUCCAGCACUGACAAAUCUGACAGCAGCAGCUCAUCUCACGCAUGACGCUCAAGAGGACAUGAUGUUCUCGAUCUGGGGGUGGAGGGCGAUCGCACGUUGGCAUGCCUUCUUGUCACUUGCUUUUGACCACUGCAAAACAUGUCAAUGAUUUGAAACAUCACAGACAAACAUUUAUAAAAGGUCAGCGUAUCACGUGUCAUUCAAAUAAAAUUGUAAACCUGUAAAUAUGAACUCAAUA